GGGUCCGGGCGGCUCCGGGCAGCGAUAACGGGGAGCGCCGAGUCCGCUGUCACAGCGCGAUGGGAGGGCUGCGAGACCGCAUCGCCAGCUCGUUGCCUUCUUGAGAAAACGGCAUUAAUCCAUACUCCGAGCAACAAGCUGCCAGUGCCAGGAUCUAUCUGCUGUUCUUUUUCUCUUCCAUUGGACCGCCAACGCUUUUUCGAUUUAGUGACAAGCUGGGUGUGAUCGUCACGAACAAAGUGUGGGUUUGAUGGCUGCUAAAUCAGCCUUUGCUCCUACAAACCGAUCCUAAGAAAUAAGGGAGGGAAAAGUCUGCUUGUGUAAUCUUUAAGAAGGGAAAGAGCGCUGUUGUGUUGGGUUUGUUUUUUUCUUUUUUUUUGUCUUCGAGUGUUUGGAUUUCUUUUUAAACUUAUGAAAAAUGGCAACAGCAGCAUAUGUGGAUCAUUUUGCAGCAGAGUGCCUUGUUUCUAUGUCGAGUCGUGCUGUUAUCCAUAGUCCCAAAGGGGAGCCUGAUCCCCAACCUGAUGCAGCAAUACUUCCUUCAUCCAAUGGAGAAGAGAGACGGGAAGUCAGAGAAACCGGGAAAGACAAUGGAUCAUCAUUACUUGUGGUAGCCAGCAUUUUAGCAGAUCUGAACCAGCAUGUCCCAAACUCACCUGCUCUAAGGACGGAAAAAACAGAGACGCUUGAUUUAACAGAACAAAUACACAUUUCUAUUGCUCCUGAGGAGUUUGGGGAAGAAAGUCUGUCUUCAGCUGGUAAGCAUGGAGGAGAAAGAGCAGCCACACCUACUAGCCCGGCUGCAGUAACUGAGCCAAGCCCCAGACAAAAGAACAAACGCAUAAGAAGCUGGACUGACCCCGGAUCACCCCAGAAAAAGCACAAAUGCCACUAUGUGGGGUGUGAAAAAGUUUAUGGCAAAUCUUCCCAUCUUAAAGCUCAUCUAAGGACCCAUACAGGUGAGCGGCCUUUCGAAUGCAACUGGCAGGGCUGUAACAAGAAGUUUGCUCGCUCGGAUGAGCUGGCCAGGCACUACCGCACUCACACCGGAGAGAAGAAGUUCAGCUGCCCGCUGUGUGAGAAACGCUUCAUGCGCAGCGACCACCUGACCAAGCACGCCCGGCGCCACGCCAACUUCCACCCCAGCAUGCUGAAGAGGAGGAGCGGCAGCGGCUCCAGGACAGGCUCUGUCAGUGACUACAGCCGCUCGGACGCCUCCAGCCCCACCAUCAGCCCCGCCAGCUCCCCGUAGACUACCUGCACUGGAUGUCAGCACUUUGCCUCUAAUGCCUAACGUGAAGUUUUGUUUGUGUUGCACACAUUUAAAAAACUCUGUUGCUUCCCCUCCUUCGGUUCCCACCCUCUCUUUUUCUAAAAAUCAGUAAAUAGCUGCCUCCCACUGCAAUUUUUAGUCAGAUUUUCUUUACCCAACCACACAAGUGGCUAUUCUAACCUCAUGGACAGAUAAACUUACGUGUUACACUUAGUGACUCCUGCUGUCUCAAUAUUUCAUAUAUUUUGCAACCAUUUAUGGAUCCUCUUCAUUAUUCUUUAUAAGAAAAUGAAAAAAUUCGAAAAAAGAAAAGGAAAAAAAUCUGCUUAAUUCACCUCAGGUGUCGAAGUAGUUUGUAAAACCGGAUUGCACAAUAUAAGCAUACAUACACUUAAAAAUCAACUGUGUUGGAUUUGUGUCCCCCUUCUCCUUUCUCAGGGAUGGAUAUUUAUGUUACACAAUAAUUACAAUGAAGACACACCCUAACCACGGCCUUACUCUGUAAAUAUAAUUGCACUUGGAAGCUUUUUGUUAGGUUCUUUCACACACUGGGGAAAUAAUAAAAAACCAAGUAAACAAUACAGAAACCAACCCAAUACUGGAAUGUAGUACCGGACUCUUCCACUCUUCGCUUUCCUGAUUAUUUACCUGUGUUGGGGAGUGUCCAAACAGGAACCUUGUCUUUCUUCGAGCUGCCCUCUGCUUACAGUAGCAAGCUGUCUGCUCACUUCAUGCUGAAGAUGCUCCAAAACCAACUUCCAAUUGCAAAAAUCUCUGUGAGGUUGAUAAACUUGUUUGUUGGUUUGUUUCAUGCUAGAUAAAAUUCUGACCAAAAAAAUUCAACAAGAUGCCUUAAAUGAGUCACCUGAAUCACAAAGAAAUAAAUUUACACUGGGUAACAUUUUAUGGCAAGGUGGCCUGGAAUCUUGGAGGCAUUCUCCUGUCAUUCUCUCCAAGUUGUUAAGCUGUCUGCACUGCCUAUUCAGUAUGGGACCAAUAGAAUAUUCAAACCAAACCCCACUGACUUGAAUAAUUUCCUUUCUUUCUUCUUCCUUUGUUUUUUUUUUUUUUUUUUUUUUUAAAUGAACUACAGAAAUAGCAUUACUGAACCAAUGCUCACCAAAACUGUUGUCAAGGUACUUACCUACUGUACAGCUAUGUCUUAGUAAGAAAAAUUGGCUAAGACAUAGUUUCUGUAUUCCGUUGCGUCAGAAUCGUGGUUGUUGAUAAAAGGAAGUGAAAAUCAUAAGGUAUCUUCUGACUGGAAUAAUGAAAUAUGCAUUUUUAAGUUUAAAAUAAGAUGACAUUAUAGCUCAGCACUACUUCAAUUUUCUCAAAAAUACACAUUACCAGCAUAAAGCAAGGUGCUCUUAUUUCUGAAUAACUUCUUAAUAACAGAAAGGGAAUAUUGGCUAGUUUUCAAUAACUUUCAAAUAUUUAACACUAGAUAGAGCACAAGGAGGUACAUUUUUAUGUUUUAUAUGGUAGAAAACAGAGUAAAAGACCAGGAGCAUAGUGAUGUACUGAAAACCUCACUGGCAGCAAAUACACUUUCCUUGGUUUGUCUGGGUCUGAUGGUGCAUAUUAUCAAUUCAGGUCCUUUUGAUUCUGGAAUUUUGGGAUGUUUGCUGUUUUUACUGUAGGGUAUAAAUGCAGUUAAGUGUAGCACGGUGAAAAGAAACCCUCUGCGCCAAACCUGUCAUUUGAUAUUAAGUGAAUGCCUCCAGAUUCCCCAUGAACCUGUAUCUUACUUGCUGCAUUGCAUUGAUCCAGUUUUGCAAAGUUUUAUUGUACUGUACGUUUACUGUGAGAAGCUAAUCUAGAUUUCCAGGUAGCUUCAUAGGUACUUCUAUAAUAUACAUUAUUCCUAAUACUACAUGUUCUAUUAGUUGUAUCGAUAAAUACUCUUAAGUAUUUAUUGAUACAACUAUAAAUCUAAACAAGUGCAGAUGUUUCAGUAUUUUUUUCAUGUUCAUUUGCUUGAGAUUUCACCUCUGUUAAUUUCCCUCUUUGAAUUGGAAGUUAUGAGAGGCACAAUUCUACUGUUUCAUUUCCCAGAAAAUGAAAGAACAUUGUGAGGUUUUUUUACAAGAUGACAAAUAGAGUUAAUGCGAUGAGUUGCCCAACCUCUGUAGUUAGGGAAAAAACAGAUCUGUUGGCCUCAACAGAUUUCCUCCUUUUUU